AUGGCGAGCGACAACGAAGUCUUCUUCAUUGACUCGUCCGCCAGCGAGGAGGACGAAAGCAACGAUGCUGUGUUUGGCGACGUGAGGCCGCACAGUCGUGCCAGCGACAGCAGCGCCGGCGAGGCAAAGAGCCCUGCCUACCGCCCCCUUCGCUCGUCCCCAACCAUGGAGGACGUUCUCUUCAACUUGGCGCCACCUCGACGUCGCCCGCCGACCUCAACGCCCGCCGUUGCACAGCAGCAAAACGGCGCCGAUGCGCAUCCUGGGACGACGCCGGAAGGCGACACAGCAGCGGCUUCGUGUGCAAACGACGCGCAUAAACAACAGAAGCAGCCGCAGGCAACGGGGGCUGACUUUCCCCACGCUGGUGGUUCGCCCUGCGCGAUGCCGGUACAGCGGCUCACUCCGCCACCGCGCUCCCUCGCAGAGUUACGCGCCAUGACCUCCGCCGACGUCCGCGAGGAGCUGGAGACCUUUUUUGUGUCCAAGGAGGCUUCUGCCAAGCGCUUUAAAGCGGUAGAAGGCGAGAUGUUGACCAACACGGAUGAAGAAGGCACACCGCAGCCGUCAUCGUCGCCUUCCUCCCCAACGACUGGUACUGUUACUGCUGCCGCGCUACUCGCACGCGAUCGCUGUCGUCGUCUCGUCAACAUCAGCAACUGGGACAGUGCCGUUCACGGGUACUCUCAAUGGGACGUCUUGCUGCCGUCUGCGCUGCUGCCGGAUGUAUCGACCGCCACCCCAACAGAGGCUGCAGCAGCAGUACCGUCGCCAACAUUGAAGAAAGCUCCCUCAUCUGCGGUUUCACACAAGCUCACAUUGCGCCCGCAUCAAAUUGAAGGCAUCCGCUUUCUCUGGAGUAUUCUGGCGGAGGGGCCCGUUGGUCAGGUCCCCGCCGUGGGCUGCAUCCUGGCCCACACCAUGGGCCUCGGCAAGACGGGGCAGGUAGUCAUCUUUUUGCAUCUCUUCAUGGCGGCCUUCCAGCGACGCGAGGAGAGCCGCGGCACCGCGCACACGUCCACCGCACACCGCCCGCGCGUAUUGAUUGUCGUUCCGAAAUCAACGCAGUCGGGGUGGAAGCGCGAGUUUUACACGUGGUCCCGCAGCUUCCCCGAGGAGUACCGCCUUCACCCACUCGUCAUCGAAGAGGGGCUUCGGCCACGUCAGCGGGUCGACGUGUUUCGCCAGUGGCGGCGCGAUGGCGGAGUGCUGCUAAUCGGCUACAAGGCGCUAGUCCGUCUCGUGCAGCUGGUGGAAGAAGACAGCGUGUGGGUGCAGAAGCACGAACGCGAGUUGAACCCGCUACACGCCUCUCCCGCAGUUGCUUCUUCAUCUUCUGCGUUGCACAGAGAGGACGACGAAGAGCACACGGCGGCGGUAGCACGCGAGCGGCACCGUCUCGACUUGCGAGAGCGUCGCAGCGAUGAGGGCGGCAAGGCCUGCGGUGGCGACGCGGACCCCUUCACCGAGCUCGUGGUGUGUGACGAGGCCCAUAGGCUCAAGUCGGUCCACCUGCACGUCGUGCAAGCCCUGCGGGAGCUGCACCCGUUGCGGCGCAUGCUGCUCACCGGCACCCCGUUGCAGAACCACUUGCAUGAGUAUUGGGCGAUGAUGGACUUCUGCGUGCACAAGUACUUCAGUCGCCGUCGUUUUCGUGAGUACUUUAUUCAGCCCAUCGAAUCUUCGGCCACAACGCGUGCCUCAGAGAAGGAGGUGGACCUGGCGCGGAAGAAAACCUUCACGCUUAUCAACGAGGUGCGGCACUUUGUGCAGCGCGUGGACGGCACCCCGCUCCGCAACGAGCUCCCGCCGCUGCACGAGUACGUCGUGGUGCUGCCGCCGUCACAGCUGCAGAAGGAGCUGUACCUUCGCUUCAUCCAAAUCGUACAGCACGACGGCAGCCAGAAGCUGCAGUUCCUGCCGGCGGUUUCCUACUCGGGGAAGAUCGCUGCUCACCCGCAAUUGCUCUUUCAGAUGCGCGACCAACACGCGGAAGGGAACCGCGACCGCAACUCCACCGCAAGAGGGGGAGGUCGUACCACCUCGGUUAGAAAGCGUGUCAGCGACUACUGGGAGUUGGAGCAGAAGAGCCGUCGGAGCGCCUCGGCAGUGGAUUCGCGACAGCACCAGCAGCAGCACUGUUUGUCAGCGCAAUUGCCUGCUAAACGAAGGCGGUUGUCGGCGGACGUGCGUGAGGACGCCGACGAGGUACAGGACGGCGAGAGCGGCAGUGAUGACGCCACCUCUAGUGCGGAGAACGCAGAAGCGGUGGUAAUCUCCGAUUCCGAAAGCAGUGCUAGCGACAGCAGUGGAAAGCGCAGCGAAGCGGUCAAGGCAGAGGAAGACGAAGAGUUUACACGGGUGACGCAGCACUCCUUCUCUGCUGAGUACCCCGCGCCACUCACCUAUGACGAGCUGUGCAUCCCGCCGUCGCCGACCUACGUGCCGCGGCUAGGAGAUGGCGUCAAACUGCACGCCGCGAUGAAGCUGAUUGCGGCGGCGAUGGCGCAAGGCGAACGCGUUCUGCUCUUCAGUCUCUCCACGCAGCUUCUGACAUUCUUUGAGUUUAUGAUCGCCAAAGUGAAUGUGGAGUGGUGCGGGAAGCCGGGUGCGUCGGCGCUCGACUCGCAGUCCACGCUGCUUACACGUCCUAUUCGGUAUUGCCGUCUCGACGGCAGCCACACCGCGGUCCAACGUGCGGCCAUGCUGGACCAGUUCGAUCGCGUCGAUGGACCAGACUUGUUUCUACUCAGCAUGAAGGCUGGUGGGGUGGGGGUCACCAUCACAGCCGCUACUCGCGUCAUCCUCGUCGACACCAGCUUCAACCCUGCCGACGAUCAACAGGCCAUCGGCCGAGCCUACCGUUAUGGGCAGACCCGUCCCGUCUUCGUGUACCGCCUCAUGUGCUACCCCACACUCGAGUACAGCAUCUUCGCCCAAAAGCUGGCGAAGGAGUGGCUCUUCAAGACGGUGGUGGAGGAGUCCUCCGUGAAGCGAGACGGGCUCUCGGGCAUGCACCUGAAGGAGCUCUUUUCUCUCCUCACGCGAGCGGCGAAGGUGCUGGAGAAGCCGCCGACUGCCACCCGCACACAGAUGCAGGCCACCCAGGAGGUCCUCCAGGACGACCCUCUGCUGAGCGUGGUGCGGUGCGACCUCCUCUACGCCCAGCGCUACGAGAUGUUUCUCGAGCAAGACCGCAACGACCAGUACGGGGCGGCCGAGGAAGAGUUCUACAGGGAAUACCGCCGCAGCCGCCUUCUUAACGCAGCAGACGACGAGGACGCGGCGCGGCGGCAGGCGGCCGAUGUGCUGCGGCGACGCCAGCAGCGGGUGGACGAAGCUGCCCAACUGCAUUCGCAGACGAAGACGCUCACUAGCAUGGUAGACGACCUUAUUCGGUCGAGGGCGGGGACGGACCCGCACUUGGCGCGUCUACUCGCCGCGAUGGGUUUGCGGGUGGAUCCGGCAAGUGGGCAGGUGCAAACCCGCGGCACCCCUCCUUCCUCCGGUGGUGGUCCGUUCGGCGGCACGGGCGAGCGAGGUCCUGCGCCGCCGCUGGAGCACCACGAUGACCGCUUUGCGCCGUCGCCGGUGCUUCUGGUUGGCGCAACGAACCCCACGGUGAUUGCAGCCAGCGCACCGGCCGGCGGGCCGUCUUCGCCCUCGCCGCACGCGCACAACUCCCGCCAGACAGCCGUGCUGCUCCUAGACUCCGACGAUGACGGCAACUCGCUGUUGGCGCCUCCUGGUGAAGUCAGAAACGGGGAAAAGCGGCAACAGCAGCAAGGCGGUACAGCGACAUAUGUGCGCAGUCCCGUGAACGCUGCGGAGCAGAUAGCUGCCUCGCUUGCCAACCAGCCGUAUGCUCGCUAUCGUCCAGGGGGGUCGCCGUCGCGGGCGGUGGACAUCGACAGCGAGGCUUCCCAAUGA